CGCGACUUUUCAAUUACUUUCAUGACGGCAUAUAUGUGUGGCAGUGGAACACGCGAUUUACAUCUGCCCCUCAACCGCACCCGUCCUCCCUUCUUUACGGCGUACCCCCACCCCACCACCUCAGUUGACUUUUUCUUCGUCCCUCGAUAUUAGACCCAGCCCACGAUGGAGGUCCUUACUGGCGCAUCGAAGGUCAAAAUUGGUAGAGGAAACUUCUCAAACAUCGGAGGAGACCAGAACAACUACUAUUACAUGAUCGACAAGGCUCGAUCCGGGAAGAGGAAAAUCAGUAAAGAUCCAUUAGAACUCUCAAGGUUCACUGAAAUCAAGCAUGGCGAUAUAUACAAGGACAAGGACGUGUGUCAUACUACGAAUGGAAACAACGACGCUACGGAGGCGGCCGUCUACUAUGCAGAGAUUAACAUCAAUGGGCCCUUUGGACAGAAAAAGUUUACUGUCAAGACAUAUCGUGGCCGGAAUGCGAGAAAGGAAUGGAAACGAGACUUUUUACGGUGCUCUAUGGAUUGGUGCGGCGAUGUUCCGCUUUUUGGUUACAAUACGUCGUCGGUCCCAUUGCUGAUAUUCUGCGGAGAGCUCGUACCACUUGCACAUAUUGAAGGUCGACUAGGUCAUGUGGGCGGGUUCUACGUCGGAUUGCUGAGAAGUAGCUUGGAAUGUGCAGCAAACGAGCUAUGGAUAGAUCCCAUUAGAGGCAAAUUUCGUCGCGGACCAGCCGGGCCCCAAUGUAGCGAACGUUACAGUGAUUACGCCCCCGUCGCCAUUCCGACAGACGUGGAAUUCCUCAAGGAGGAAGUCGUCUUCCGCUACUUUGGUAAAUUGAAAGAUGACCAGUGGUUUCUUGCUGCGCUUAGCUUAGGUGGUGAUCUCGAAAGAACGGAAGAUAUUCCUGCAACCAAUUAUCCCCACAUCGUCUCAGGUUCGACGAACCAGAUGAUUGCUUUUACCCAGAAUCUACGGUGGUGGAGUGAUAGUGGCGGUUGUAUUGAUGAUGGACAAGUGAUGCCAGACGGAGCGGUUCGAUUCCGACUCAGGGAUGAGGAUAAUCUGCGCUACAUCGAAGCAAACUCUAUAGCCGAACGAUCUGCAUGGCUUUCCCAAGCCCUGGGUGUUUUUCAUGUACAUAACAUCUCGUUAUCGGACAAUGACCUUUCCAACCACAGGUUCAUCUAUCCGUUUUUCAAGCUCACCGGAACGCUUCAAAGGUCUAGACGCAAACAACGAAGACGUCAACGAUGUCAUACACCCAUCUACCUGUUUUUCCUUCCCUCCCCAUUCGCCCCCUCUGCACGUUUCCAUUUGUGGUCCUUUGACCCCAACGGCGAAAUUCCACUUUCAUCCGACAUGUGCAAGUAUCUUGGUCUUCCCUUCGAGCUCUUCCUCAAAGUGGACUAUUAUCAACGUUCCUGGCCCACUGAGAUCUACAAGAUCAUUCACGAUUACCAAAUUGCAAGGGGAUUUGACCCGAAAACCACAGAAUUUCUACAAUAUCUCAAAUGGCCUGUUUUCAAAAUCUUACCAGCUGGGAACUCUUGCAAGUUUCAAGAGAUUGAGCAAGAGAAAGAUGAGACCUUCUCAAUGUUGGACGAGAGCCUAUUGCCGGCGCUCAACCAUGCUUCGGAAGAUGCGGAAGGUAAGCAACUCCCUCCGGCUACCAAUGGUAUCUCUUGUACUUAUCGUUUGAGUUUUUUAUGAAGUCAAUAACAUGACGACCACUUUUCUUCGAGUUGGUUGUGGCUUUAUAUAUAUAUGGUUUCUUAUCCAGUUCUUACAGCUCUUUUAUGGAGCUUGAAUGUACUCUAGACCUUAUUCAACAGGACACUUUCCUCUAGAUCUGGAAUUCCGCCUCACUCGUGGUGGGUAGCCAGAUUCUUCAGCCGGUUAUUUCGGACCAC